ACCGCGGUCUCUCCACAGCUGCAGUGUCUGGGGAAACAAAUCUACAGUAUCGGUUCCUGCUCAGUUAUUUUCAUGUAGAAAUUUGACAGAAAUGCCAUCGCUGAAUAACUCGAAUAGGAUUUUUGAAGUCGUCUGCUUCCAGUUUGCGGUGCCAGCUGUCCUGAGGAGAAAGGCUGUCAGCAUCAGUCCGGAGAACCGCCGCAGGUACUGAAACAUUUAUAUCGACAAGAAACCAGCCUGAGCAAGCUGUCCGGGGCGGGUGGAUUUUAAUUUUUGUGACAGGAGCAGCCAGGCACAAAGCUGUCAGCAUCCUGCUACCAGCUAUCAUCUUCAUAUUUUUUUUUUUUUUUUUGCUUUAUUGUAUUUUUGGAUCCUCGACAGCAGCUGCUGUAUCUCUCCAUCUUUCAGAGACAUUUUUUUGUUCAACACAGAAUUAUUCAACCCUCCAGCCCUGCUCAUGGCAAAGAUGAGUUGGGCUGCCGGGACACAGUGUGUAGCCAAGGGGGGCCACCAAAAACCAAAACCUGGAGAACUGGCGUACCACAAAGGAGACAUCCUCACUAUCAUUGACACGAGCACGAGGAAGGGAUAUUACAAGGCCAAACACAACACCACGGGGGAGGAAGGACUCAUAAACUCCACCAAUGUACGUGAAAGAGAAGCUCUGCGUGUCGACCCCAGCCUCAGCCUCAUGCCGUGGUUUCAUGGGAAGAUCUCGGGUCCGGAGGCGGUGUGUAAGCUGCAGCCAGCCGAGGAUGGCCUGUUCCUGGUUCGAGAGUCCAUCCGCCAUCCGGGCGACUACGUCUUGUGUAUCAGUGUCUCCGGAGAGGUCAUCCACUACCGGGUGAUUUAUCAGGACAACAAGCUGACCAUCGACAACACACAGUAUUUCUACAACCUCAUUGACAUGAUAGAGUUCUACUCAAAGAACAAAGGCUCCAUCGCUACAACUCUUUUGAAGCCAAAACAAAAGCAAGGAACCAAGUCGGCUGAGUUGGAGUUGUCCAAAACUGGAUGGCUGCUGGACAUCACAAAGCUCAAACUGGGGGAGAAUAUUGGAGAAGGGGAGUUUGGUGCUGUAUAUGAAGGAGAGUAUAUGGGCCAGAGGGUGGCAGUAAAGACCAUUAAAUGUGAUGUCACCGCUCAGGCCUUUCUGCAGGAGACCACAGUCAUGACGAAGCUCCAGCAUAAAAACCUGGUGCGACUGUUGGGGGUCAUCCUUCACAAAGGGCUUCAUAUUGUCACAGAGCUCAUGACUAAGGGAAACCUUGUUAACUUCCUCAGGACGAGAGGACGAUCAGUUGUGAACUUUGUUCAGCUCCUUCGCUUUGCUCUUGAUGUGUGUGAGGGGAUGGAGUACCUGGAGUCCAAGAAGCUGGUUCACAGAGACUUGGCAGCUCGUAACGUGCUGGUCUCUGACGACAGAGUGGCCAAGGUCAGCGACUUCGGCCUGACCAAGUUGGACUCCAAGGUGUCAGAUAACGCCAAGCUGCCAGUCAAAUGGACCGCCCCCGAAGCUCUGAAGAAAGAGAAAUUCUCCACAAAGUCAGACGUUUGGAGCUACGGUGUUCUUCUAUGGGAGAUCUUCUCAUACGGUCGCCAACCUUACCCCAAAAUGUCCCUGAAGGAGGUGAAGGAGAGGGUGGAGGGGGGCUAUCGCAUGGAGGCUCCAGAGGAGUGUCCCCUUGGCGUUUACUCCUUGAUGAAGAUUUGCUGGGAGCAGGAGCCUCGAAGACGACCAGCUUUCCACAAGCUGAGAGAGAAACUUGAGCGAGAGAUGGGUAAAUGCAGCCUGAGCCCCGGGGCGGAGCGUCGAGAUGGCAGCAGCUCUGGUUCUGGAUGCUGAUCUUGAUUGUGAAUCUGGAAUUCACGGUGAUGAGAAGAAAGUGUCAGCUGAUAGACAGGUAAUACACACACUGUCGCCCUCUCCGUGUUGAUGUGCAUCACACAAGAUGGUUCAGUAGAGCUCCAACUGGAUUCCCUCAAUCUAGCAAAUUGGAAAAGACAGCCACUGCACAUCUGGUCAUCAUGUAAUGCCACUGAGAAAGGGUUUAACAGUUGGAGCCAUGAAAAUACAAAACUUUGCGCGAGUGGAUUUAAGCAAAGCAACAUGGGUGAAUCAGGCUGUGGUAGCAUGACUGUAUGGAUGGCAAUGUGGGUUUGUUGGUUGCACCAAUAUUUUGGUGCAUUCUCAUGAGACUUAGACAUUCAUGGUUCCUAGAGGAUAAAUCCCAAUGAUUGGUUGGUACCACAGUCUCUUACACACCUCUGCAGCCGGCCAAGACAAAAUGGAGCAUUUCUGAACUUUUCCCACAGACUGUAUAAAAAAAGUGGACUUAGUCAGAGUGAAGUCUGGACUACAGUUUUGAACCCAUGAUAUGGGCAUCCUGGAAGCCACCCUCUUGUUUUUUUGGUAUUUGGUCAAGACAGUAGAGCUUUGGAGGAUAUGCAUGACGACACCUCUAUCAUGAUCGAUAUUUCGCCGCGGUAGCUACUUGUCAACCAAGAGAUAGCGACACCCUAAAGCAGCGGUUCCCAACUGGUCCAGCCACGGGUUCCAGAUCUCUCCUUACUCAUUAGUUUGAGGUCCACACAGAAUAAUAUAUCCAGCGCCACAAUGUCAAGCUAAUUUGCUGCCUCUGUUAAGUAGCUGUCUGUUUUCACUCACUGGAAAUUCACUGUACAAAAUAUAAAGUGUGUUUUUUUUAUAAACUUGGCAUGUUUGCAAGUCACUUGCAGUCCAUUCAAAAUGGACCUAAUGUCCCACUUUUGGACCGCAACCUACCAGUUGGGUACCACCGCCCUAAAGCAUACCGUGCUUUAUCGUCUAUUUUCCUCUAAAUGGGACCAUAAUUUACAAAAUGAGCAUCAUGCUGUAAUGGAGAAAACUUGAAACUAGCAAUUGCGACCAUAAACUCAUAAGAGCAUGUCUUCUGAGGUAAUACAUGAGGUGAAAAGUAGGGUCUUUUUCUCAUAGGCUUCUUCAGAACAAAUCACAGUGUUUGUUUACAGUAACUUGCGGACAGUAAAACAUCUGUGUCAUAUACAUAUAUAAAAUCAAACAGUGCUGAGCAAUCGCUGGCUCAGUUGGUUAGUUCUGAGCAACCUAAAAAGAGGCCCAACAACAAUAAAAAACAAUAUCAGUUAAAGUGUGGCUAUAUUAACAAUAUAUUCACCACUGUACCUUGCCUUCAAACAGCGGUUGCAAAUGGAUAUCUGAAGCCAUUAUGUUAAGGACUUCAUUAACAAAACGGUAAUUUUACUUUGCAAAACACUGUAGUUACUUGUCCACUGUUGUCUCAAUCAGCUGGGGUGUGCGUAAAAACAGAAAAAACAUUCCAGUAUAUAAUAAAUAAUAUGUAAUAUAAUAUAUUCCAAUAAAGCAUUUUAAUAUUUUAUCUAUUAUUUAUAUUUACUGAUUAUUUUUUACUACAAGAAGGAAUGACUAAAUGCAAUUUUAUUCUGAUUUUAAAAAGGACGAUAUUUCAUCCUUGGACGAUGCACAGCCUCAUUCAGGUUUGAAUAACUUGAAUGAGGUAUAUGUUUAAAUGUCAGUUCAGUCAAUCCAAUCAGAGCAGCUGGGUUUUAGUGUCUAUUUAUUGCCAAAUAAACUCUGUAUGAUCAAAGUUCUACAGUUUUGCAUGAAGAGUAAACACACUUUAUUUACAUUUCAUGUCAGGGAGAGAUUUCAGAAAGAGAUUACAUGUAUGGGCAGUAAAGAGAUGGAGAAAGAGUUAAAAUGGAUUUAAUCUCUGAUCACCCAAAUCUGUUUGUAUCCCAGCAUUAAUGCUCAACAAUAUGCCAUGGACUCAUGGCUUAAUGUGAAAAUAUUUAAUGUUAUUGCUGGUUUGCAGUAAGAGAAGAAUUCCUUAAUCCACAUUUUAAAGAACAGUCAGCAUUUUGCGUGUGUCCAGAGAAGAUAAGGACAGUUAUUUGCAGCAGAUUCUCUGUGAUUAACUCAGCACCUUUUUUAGGAAAAAAAGAUGAAUUUGGCAUUUUUAUAUUUCAGAUUUGCUUUUUUAGAAACCAAAAUUUAUUCUAUUUUUGCAGCCGAAUCACCAGAAUAAAUGUUGGCACUGUACGUUUCUGUAAAUAUGUUGCAAGUGUAUGUCAUUAUGGAGCAAAUUCUUUAAAACUUUUCUUCUUUAUGUUUCAACAACAGCAUGGUUAAUCUGUGGUUAUGUUUAGGCACAAAUUCCACUUGGAUAUGGUAAAAAGAUCAUGUUUUAGCUUGAUCUACUGGAAACAGUGGAUCUCUCACUUUGGUGCAUAGAAAGUUCCUGGUAACAUAGCGAUAACCAAAAACAACUGGUUUUGUUCUUUGGUGAUCUCGAACAGUCUGCAGCUUGGCAGGCAUCUUGCCUAGGCAACAUGCCAUCCCUUCCACUUCCCAAUGACAAAGCCAGUGUACUCCAUCACUUCAGAAAUCUUGAAACAUAUGAAUGUCGCAUAUCCAUUGUUUGCAGAAAAGUAAAAUUCCAACAUUUACCUCUGGCGACUGGGCUGUAUUUUUGACACUUUGUCCAUCAAACUCCAUCAGUCGGCAUGCUUGGGGCGGACUUUGAUUCAAUUCAUUCAAAUUUAAUUUAUUUCCUGAGGCUACAUUGUGGAACAUGCAGUGUUCAUCACUACUUUCUCUGCCCUCUUCAUGAGGAUUUUGAGAUUAUAAGAGAGACUUUGGGUUAUCCACCGUCCUCUUGAGAUUUUUGCAGGUACAGAAUGUUUUCUGCUUUCCUAAUCUUUGGACUGAACAUGAUUAUAUCACAUACACAGUAACAUAUUCUUUUUAUUGAUUUAUUAUCCAUUUCACUGGUGUGUUUGUCAGCUGCUUUUUGGUAGGAAUGUGAUAAAAUGUUCAUCAUUCUGAUGAGAUAAAUGCACUUUCAGUUCAAAACUCACAACAAAAUGAAGCCUUUUUUUUUUGGAUUGUUGUCAUGUCACAAGACCAAAUUAAAGAUGUCAUUUGAUUUAAGUCUA